AUGGGCUCUUCCUCGAGCAACGCACGGGACGCGGCUGCGCCGCCGCCGUCGCCGCCGCCACCACAGCCACCAUCUCCUCCUGCGGCGCCGGCGCCCCUCCACGUGAUGGACGCGGAAGAGGACGACGAGAACGUGAAGCAGCUCAACGAGUGCGCCGCCCUCUACCUCUCCCUCCAGGACUGCCUCGUCGAGUCCGACCGCAACUGGAAAGCCUGCCAAGCACAUGUUCAAGCGUUAAAAGCCUGUGAGGCGAGCAGAAACAAAAAUGAAAAAACAUGAAAUAUUUCCAGGUGCAGUUGGACCUGAAACUGUGUAUUUGCUUUCACCAGUCUGAAGCCAUCUCAUAUCAUCUUGAUGAAGACAAACAAAUAACGUGCUGGAGUUCUCAGGUGUUGAUGGAGAAGAUUUGUAACAUCACAAAUUAUAAUGUAGUUUCGACCAAAAAGACAUAGAUGAACAGGUUGUUUUUAUUGGCAAGAAUCACUGUACUAGAUUCAAUGUUUCAAUCAGCACUUGCCAUUUUUUGAAACGUUAAUAAAAGUGAGCAGUAUUAGCAUCUUCGCUUAAACGUCUACUAAUAGCCUAAUGCGAAUCAAGCUACUAUUGCCACACAGCUUGGCUGUAGGCUCUUUACCCUGUCUGGUUUGGAUUACUUGGUUGUGUCGAAUUAUAUGCCAGGUACAGCUUACCAAUCA